AUGUGGCGGCUGUCGCUGCCGCUCCUGGCCUCUUCGUCUUCGUUCUCCAACAGCCGUCGCCAUGUGGGGCGCGAGGCGGUCUUCUUGCCGUGGGACGCGCGGCCGUGGCCCUCGUACGAGACGCACGCCGACCAGUGGCGGUUCCUGGAUCGCACCCUCUCCGCCGUUGUUGGCAUGACACCUGCUGAAGUCUCGGCGAAGUCCUUGCGACUCUGCCCGCGGCAUCUCCUGCAGGAAAUUGAGGACCCCGUGCUUGCGCUGCAGCGGCGACGACAGCGGGAGGCGCAGCACACACCGAAACUGCAGCAGCAGCAGCAGCAGCAGCAGCGGCGGCGAAAGAGUGACGCAGCUCCACUCAGUGCGCCCGCUGGGGCACACCCGAGUUGCUUCGCGCAGACCAACAACAACGGCAAGAACAAGGCCAAGGGCGGCGGUGGUGCGCUGGAGGAGCGGGGGGAAAACACGACGGUGCCCAGGCCGGCGCCCGCGACCAGUGCUUCCAGGGGUGGCCCCAGGAUCAACCGCACCCAAAAGAAGAGGGAUGUGACGGGAAAGCCUUUUGGGGCGUAUUCUGGCAUUCCCACAUCAUCAACCGCAGCUGCAGCGGCACCACGUGCGCCUACAAGGUUGUCUACUUCCACGACGAGGAGUAAUGUUUGUAAUAACGGCACCGAGAAUGCUUCGGCCACCCGAUCUUCUUUUUCGGCACGCCCAACAACAGCAGCAUCAGCAGCGGAGGGUAGGAUGCCGGGACGCCAACCACGCGCUGAGAAGCGCACAACUGACGCAGUGGGAGAAAAAGGGGAAACGAGGCGCAGCGACAAGGACAGCAUUAAGAGUCAGUCGAUGUCUAAAAGGCUAACAAGCACGGUCUCGGGCGAGGCGAUCAAAAGUGGUGAGGCGGAGGAAAAACGUGUAGCAGCCAGAGAAUCCGUGGACCUAGAGCGGAAUAACUCCCUUGCACAACCGCCGCCAACAGGAACAAAACAGCCACGCAGUCAAGGCAAAGGGGCUAAACGUGGAAAAAAGGGGCAAUAA